AUGGCGUCCGCGGAUGCGGCCAAAAAGGCCUUCUUUGAGGGCUUGGAGCGGCUGGAUUCUUUGUCCGAGGACGAGGAAGACCGAAUGACUCUGAGAUCUCAUUCAAAGAUCAAGAAAGUGUUAAGAGAUGAGGGAUCCGCUGUCAUGAAGCUUAGGUCUACCGUCACGAAAACUGAAGUCCGAGUGAUUGCACCUUCCACUCUUGAAGCUUGCCCUGAGCGUAAGAAACGCCCUCGUUGCGUUGCUGCUGCUGCAAGAUCAGACGAGACUUUCACAGAAGUGACUGUGCAGAGCACCUCAAGGACAGCGGGAGAGAUGCCUCGAAAUAAGAAAGCUGUGCCUGUCUCGGGCAAGGGAAAACGACAAUGCUCGUCCAGGACCGUUCCGGAAGAGCAGCAGAUCUUCAAAGGUCUUGUCUUCUUCUUCUUUCCGAACAAGAGUGCCUCAGCCCUUCGACGCCUGCGUAUCCAGCGCGCGCAGGAUUACGGUGCUUCUGCUGCAGAAAACUGGGGCGACCAAGUCACUCAUGUUAUAGUGGAUAAGGGAAUCACUUUUCACGACGUCAAAAAGCAUCUCCAUGUCGAAUCAUUUCCGUCCACUGUCGCGCUCGUCGACGAAAGCUACCCUUCUGAGUGUGUCAAGUUUCGCACUGUGUUGAACACAGCUCAGGUUCGGUUCCGCGUCAGCGGUACACCUGUCCCUGCAGGAGAUAAAGGCUCUUCGCCUGUGAUUGAACCCUCAGGUGGUGAUUCCUUAUCGAUCAAACCGAGCCGACGAGAGCAGCAACAACAACACGAAACACAAUCGCAUACCGAGCUACACAGUCUGACUACUGAAGGACAAACUGCUGGGCGGCAGGCUACCGAACAACAAACCUCUGAGCUGUAUACUGCGGAGCAGGUGGUUGAGUGCUCGAAUGACCUACAUACUGUUUCCGAACCUGUUCGAGAGCAGGAUGCCUUGGAUGAUCUCAUCGAAGAAGCAAAGGCUGUAAAAGAUCUGCCGUUAGAUUCUGAGGAUGAGCAAAGUACGGCUGAAACAUCUGAUCCCGAGGCGUCUGACUCGGGCGAAUCACAGCCGAAGAAGAGGAAGAUGAGCGCACGUAGGAGUGAGGCGCAAUCUGACUGGCAGCAGAAUUUUGUAUGCAUGCAGAGGCAUGAUUCAAAGGCCAAUGCUGAAAAUGCAAACAAUCGGACCAUUGCCGUCCUACAGCAAAUGCUGGACUACUAUGAUCGAUCAGGUGACCAAUGGCGCACGCUCGCCUAUCGCAAGGCGAUCAGUGCCCUUCGGAAACAACCGAAGAAAAUUGCCACCAGAUCCCAGGCUUUGUCACUGCCAGGGAUUGGCACACGUCUGGCCGACAAGAUUGAAGAGAUUGUGUUCACGAAUCGCCUGCGUCGGUUGGAAAACGCCAACAGCACUCCUGAAGAUCGGAUACUCCUGGAGUUUCUAGGCGUCUAUGGGGCUGGCGUUUCCCAAGCCUCGAGAUGGCUUGCUCAAGGCUACCGGUCGCUGGAAGACCUGAAAGCCAAAGCGCCCCUUACGCAGAAUCAACGGGUGGGCGUGGAGCAUUAUCAUGAUUUCGCCCAGCGUAUUCCACGGAACGAGGUUGAAGUGCAUGGAGAGAUCGUGCGGGAGGCAGUGCGAAAGGCUGAUCCAGAGAUGCAGGUCAUUAUUGGGGGUUCCUACAGACGUGGUUCGUCCACUUCAGGCGACAUUGACCUGAUUAUCACCAAGCCCUCCGCUACGAUAGAGCAGAUUCGGACCAUCAUGAUCGAAACCGUCGUCCCGGGACUCUUCCAGGCAGGCUUCCUACAGACCAGCCUGGCUGCCACCUCCCGCGGCGAUGGAUCCAAAUGGCACGGGGCCUCGAAGCUUUCUAACGGUCGGCUCUGGCGACGGAUCGACCUGCUUUUCGUGCCCGGAUCUGAAAUCGGAGCAGCUUUGAUCUACUUCACUGGCAACGACAUCUUCAACAGGAGCAUGAGACUCCUGGCCAGCAAGAAGGGCAUGCGGCUGAACCAGCGAGGGCUUUACGCCGACGUGCUACGCGGACCUCAGCGAGUCAAACUGACCACAGGCCGGCUGGUCGAAGGACGCGAUGAGCGGCGAAUCUUCGAGAUUCUGGGAGUCCCUUGGUGGCCUCCCGAGCAUCGCAUCUGCUGAAGUGCCCAAAAUAUAUUUUUUUUGGUUUGGUUUACCUCAAGAGACACGUAGGGACAAGACGGGGAGCCAGGGUGACAGAUAACAUCGGAGCUGCCAGUGGGGAUCCAUUGAUGAUGCAUUUGCUUUUUUGUCAUCCCAGACCGACUUCUCUCCGUGCGUCAGAACUUUUCGCUGUAUGUGCUUGACAUACAUACACGGCAACAGCAGCGAGGAGGCCCGAAAUUCCCGCAGUGGAUAUGGAACUGGACGGCUGGGAUGGAAGGAGCCGGGGAGGGUUUUCUUUUUGGGAAACCUUUUUGUCUUUUCUGUUCUUUUGGCAUUGAUUUGUAUUUACGUUGAACUUGAGAUAGCCACUAGUAAUAAUGAUUCCAC